AGUUUGGAAGUCACACUGGAGUCGCCGGCAAAAACCGACCUGGAGCGGCGCGGGAAGCCACAGGCUGCAGCGGGGGCGGGGAGGGGGGGGCUCACAGCGUCCCCGCGCGGGGCGAGAGCGGCGCCGCGCGGAACCCGACGCCUCCGCGCGUCUCCAGCUCCGCGACUUCGCCUGAAAAACCGCCCUCAGGCUGCAGAGCGGCCUCCCUUCUCCGACGCACAGGUACCCCUAAGAAACCUCACUGAAAAAGAAAGUACAGUGGUGGUGGCGGUGGUAGUGAUGAUAAACACCCACAAGAACAGAGAGAACCAGAGAGGACAAGAAAACAAGUGAGAGAAUGGAAAGAAAAUGAAUUCAUGUAAUUGCAAUAAAGGCAAGGAGAAAAAGGCGGAUGAAAGAAUUGUAUUAAAACAAAUAACAUUCCAGUGGAUGGGAAGAACUCUACAAAUUCAGUUCAUUCUAGCAACCAAAUAUAAGUUCUCUUACCUCUGAACAGACAGGCGUAAAUCAACAAGUAUGCUGCAUAAGAAAACGUUCACCUGGGGAGUGAGAUUCCAGUGUUGACUUCUAAUUUCUGGUGGUGGCACUCCUUGAAGUCUUCUCUCUUGGAUUUGCGGUUGCUGAUGCUGAAGCUGAGCGUCACUUCGGCUCCCACGGCAGACAUGGCGACAUUGACAGUGGUCCAGCCGCUCACUCUGGACAGAGAUGUUGCCAGAGCAAUUGAAUUACUGGAAAAACUGCAGGAAUCUGGAGAAGUACCAGUGCACAAGCUACAAUCCCUCAAAAAAGUGCUCCAGAGUGAGUUUUGUACUGCUAUUCGAGAGGUGUAUCAAUAUAUGCAUGAAACGAUAACUGUUAAUGGCUGUCCUGAAUUCCGUGCCAGGGCCACAGCAAAGGCAACAGUUGCAGCUUUUGCAGCUAGUGAAGGCCACUCCCACCCUCGGGUAGUCGAGCUGCCAAAAACAGAUGAAGGCCUUGGUUUUAAUGUGAUGGGAGGAAAGGAGCAAAAUUCCCCCAUUUAUAUCUCUCGCAUCAUUCCUGGAGGGGUGGCCGAAAGACACGGAGGCCUCAAGCGAGGAGACCAGCUACUAUCAGUGAAUGGAGUGAGUGUGGAAGGAGAACACCAUGAGAAAGCUGUGGAACUACUCAAGGCUGCUAAGGACAGCGUCAAGCUGGUGGUCCGAUACACCCCGAAAGUCUUGGAAGAAAUGGAGGCUCGCUUUGAAAAGCUACGGACAGCCCGGCGUCGGCAGCAGCAACAACUGCUAAUUCAACAACAACAACAGCAGCGGCAGCAACAAACACAGCAAAACCACAUGUCAUAGGUCCUUGAAGCUACUUGAUCAAACACCCAAUAGUCACAAGUUUGAAACCGUGCUUCAGAAUCCCAGCACAUAGUAAAGGAAAAGACAACACUGAUAAUUAUACCUGUCAAGAAACUGUGAACACGUGGUGUAUAAAUUCUUUACCAAGGCAACUCGACACCUUCUUUCUCUGGGGCUGAACCCCCGCUGCUCACGUGCUUUUUACACACACAGACCUUCCAUUCACUGCAGUGGGAAUUCUCAGUGUGUAAAGGGAGAGGUUUUCCAGUCUGCAGACUGAAACAGUAUAAGAAGAAUAAAGUCCAUGACUUUCAGAUAAAUCACCAGGGCCAGGGUUAAGUGAAUCUUGGGUCUAUAGCUUUUCCAGAGAUUAACAAAUCCCUCAUUAGGCUAUAGUUCAAACUGCAUCAGUUCAAGGUUGUCGCCACUCAAAAGAAACCUACACAUUGCCCCUCACCCGGACCUGUUCCACGUCUGUAUUGCUGAGUUGUCUGAAUUAGAAUUCCAGUUAAUUGCAAACUCAACCUCUGUUCCCCUCUUGAAAAUGGCAAGUUAUUAUACUAUAUUUAUACUCAAUUCAGGUUCUAGAAGCAUUUGGCUUUUUAUUUUCUGUUUCCAUGAAUUUUAUUAUGCAUUAAUAGAGUGGGCAAUUUCAGCUCAACUUUUAGUUAGUUAAAAGCAAGGAUAGAGAACUCUAGUACUGUUUUUUGUUUUUUGUUUUUAAUUUAAGUCUUGCUUGUAUCUAUUCUUAUUAAUUCUAACAGAAUAUAAUGUCUUUUAUUCCACAAAAUAUAUAUUAUCAGAGUGUAUUUGUUACAAACUUAGGUCUUUUCUUACCAAGUGUUGUGAAUCUGGUAAGAGAAUACUAGCAAAGGACCCAGCUUCAUGAACUGAUCCUUGUAUGAUAUUUAUAUAUAACCCUGCUCUCAAUAUUUUUUGUUAAUUUUAUAUUUUUGAUUGAUAAUCUGGAGAAAUCUAAACUCUUUUUACCUACACUGAUGUGCUGUCAUAGAAGUCUGUUUGAUAUUUUAAAGCUUAGGGCUUUACAAAACUAAAUUAUGGAUGUGCAUAUAUAUAUAUACACAAAUAUAUGUCAUACAAAAUCUAGAUCAUUUUUCCCAAGUAUAAACUGGAUAUGUUUGGCAAUAUAAGAUCACAAGUAUUAUUCCUCUUAAAAUUAGGCAUAUGGAAACCAGAGAUAUUAAUAUUGUGAAUGAAAAGAUAUUGCUGCUUCUAGGGUAAAAAUAUACCUACUUCAUUACACAUAUUCA